CCCCAUAUAUAUAUCUACAGGAAGAGUUCUAAGCUUCUUCUCUUUCCCUGGUGGGGACUGUGUCAUCCAAUCGAUUGAAUUGUGAAAGAGAAGGGACAAAAAAACAAACCAUUUCUUUUCACUUUCCCCUUUCUUUUCCCCACCCAUACACUUGCAUGUUCUGCAAUACAAAGACUUUAUACUUGCAUUUAAUGCUCUUCCUACAAAUAACACCAUUGCUACUGCCCUAACCACUACCACGCUACUCUCCAAAUCUCCAAGGAAGCUUUUUUUUUUUUUGUUAUUUUUGAAACCUUAAAACACUCUUUCUAGCUAGCUAAAGCUUGUCUUCCUUAAUAUGUCAGUGAUCACAUAUUCUUGCUAUUUUCUGCUUUCAAUUUUAUGCAUUUCCUUGCAUGCAUGUAAUGCCAGACCACUUGCUGAUAUUGAUAAGAAACCUGAGAAGAAAUUUCAGAUAAUUUCUAAUCAGACUAGUGAUCAGAAGGAGAUUUCAGUUACCAUAGUAUCCAAGGCCGAUUCCUCUUCGUCAAAUGAAUUUGGAGCGGCAAAAGAAGAUAGCAUUGCAAAGACUGAUCAGUUGGAUGAUAAUGCUCAGAAGCUGAAGGACUCGAGAGCCAAACAGAAGUCAAUGAGUGACGAGAAAGUAAAAGAUUCAGGUGCUGCUCUCAAAGAGUCUCUUGUUUCAGUUUCUUGGCCUGUGCCUCAAAAGAAACGUGGCGAAACGCAUCCUGGUUUCAACUUGGAUUAUUCUCCACCAAAGACACACCCUCCUUCCCAUAACUGAAUACUUACCUUUUUCUAGGUUAUCUUGUGAACGUAUUUCUCUUCUUGUUUCUCUAAUCCUUGAGCGCUUCAACCAAAAAAAAUAAUUUAAUUGCCAUAUAUAGAGCAAUGAAGAAUAUGAAGUCAGAUGGAGUAUUCAUGACUAUCAGAACCCUAGGGUUCUAACAAUCGCUGCAUUUUGCAUAGCUAUAAAGUCAUAUAUUAUAUCACAUGGCACAGGCUGCUAGAUUUACUGUACUGGCAAGAGCCUCUCUCUAUCUUUGUAGCUGUUGUACAAUAUCAAAAUGUAAAUUUGCUUCACUAA